GAAUGAUAGUUAGGUUAUAGAGGUAGUGCCAUCGAUCUUAUUAUUUUUUAUUGGUUUAUGUGAUAUUUUUAUUUAUAUCUUAAUAAUUUAUAUUUGUUUAUAUUACUUUACUUUAUUUUUUAACCAUAAACGUGAUCAAAUUUUAGUUUUUUUUUAAUAAAUCAAAAUUAAAAGGGUAGGAAUAAAAUAAAUUGGCACAAAAGAUUAAAGCAUAAGCAAUUUGUGUAUUUGAAAUAGUGCCAUGAGAUUUUUUGUAGUUCCUUGAAUAUAUGAGAAGUUAGUAUAAACAAAUAAAUCGCAACAAUGGAAUCAAACAAAAAAAAAGGCCGGCCGCCGCAUCCGAGAGCAAAGGCAAAUCCAUUUUCAGCAUUAACAUUUGGAUGGACACUACCUAUGUUUUGGAGUGGAUUACGGAAAGAACUAGAAGAAUCAGAUUUAUACCAGCCUCUGGAAGAGCAUGCGUCUGGCCCUCUGGGUGAUAAAUUCGCUCGUCUAUGGGAGGAGGAAGUAGCCAGGGCUGAAGGCAAGCGCACUCCAAGUCUCCUCAGAGUCAUUCUAAGAGCUUACGCAGCGAGAUGCAUGCUGUAUGGGUUCGUGCUAUUCUUCAUGGAGUGUGGGAUACGCAUAGCCCAGCCGGUUUUCCUAGGCAAGCUCGUGGAAUAUUACAGUCCAGAUCAGAAGACCAUGAAACCUCAAGAGGCGUAUAUGUACGCUGGCGCUGUAGUGCUGUGUUCCGCUUUGAAUGUGUUUGUGGUCCAUCCAUACAUGAUGGCGAUAUUACACAUGGGCAUGAAAUUCAGGGUCGCUUGCUGUUCGCUUAUAUACAGGAAGUCUCUCAGAUUGUCGAAAACAGCUCUAGGUGAGACAACAAUAGGUCAAGUAGUCAACCUGCUAUCAAACGACGUGAAUAGAUUCGACGUGGCCGUCAUAUUCCUUCACUACCUAUGGAUCGGACCCCUCGCUACGGUCAUCGUGACGUACUUCAUGUGGCUCGAGAUAAGCUGGGCGGCUGUGGUCGGUGUUGGGUUCAUGCUGGCUUUCAUACCUUUGCAAGCGUACUUGGGGAAACGUACGUCGGUAUUGCGUUUGAAGACAGCCAUCCGUACUGACGAGAGGGUGAGAUUGAUGAACGAGAUACUCUCCGGUAUCCAGGUCAUCAAGAUGUACACGUGGGAGAAGCCGUUCGCUGAUCUGGUCGCUAAGGCCAGGAAGCAGGAAAUAAAACAGAUCCGCGCUACGUCAUAUAUACGGGGUGUCCUGACGUCUUUCAUAAUGUUUACCACGAGGAUAUGUCUGCUGGUGUCAAUACUGGCUUUUGUGCUGGAGAAUAAUGUGAUCAGCGCCAAACAGGUGUUCGUGGUCACCAGCUUCUAUAACAUACUGAGACAGACCAUGACAGUAUUUUUCCCACAAGGUAUAGCACAAGUGGCUGAGGCGACUAUAUCCAUCCAAAGGUUACAGAAUUUCAUGUUGUAUGAAGAUACAAGCAAGCCGGUCCCAGGUCUGGCUGAGAUACAGACCUCGACCAAACCUAAAGCGAAGGAGGCCAAAGAAGAACCGAGACCUUCGAUGGAAUCCAAAGAGGAUCUUGAAACUAAAGACUCAAAGCCAGUGUUAGAUGAACCGGAAAAUAAGGUUGCAGAAGCCAAAGGAAAUGGUAAAGGUGGUCCUACAAUGGAGUCUGCGGAGGAAGAUGACGAGGAGUUGGCGACGAGAGUGGAACAGGACUCGAGGGGCAUCAGGCUGAAGUACGCCACCGCCAAGUGGAUAGCAUCACACACAGAGAAUACACUCACAGAUCUAUCACUCACUGUGAAACCUGGCAAAUUAAUAGCAGUGAUAGGUCCAGUUGGCGCUGGCAAGUCAUCUCUGCUACAUGUGCUGCUGAAGGAACUGCCGCUCCACUCGGGCAGCGUACACGUCGGCGGUACUAUUUCGUAUGCUAGUCAGGAACCCUGGCUUUUCGCAGGUAGCGUACGUCAAAACAUUCUGUUCGGACAAGCGAUGGAUCGUCCCCGGUACAACGCUGUGGUACGGAGGUGUGCUCUGGACAGAGACUUCACACUAUUUCCUCACGGUGACAAGACGGUGGUGGGGGAGAGGGGAGUCAGUCUCAGUGGAGGUCAGCGUGCUCGCAUCUCACUGGCGCGUGCUGUGUACAAGCGCGCGGAUAUCUAUCUGUUGGAUGAUCCUCUGUCCGCCGUGGACGCGCACGUCGGCCGCCAUCUCUUCGAGUCGUGUGUGGUGGGCUACCUCAAGAACACCACCAGAGUGCUUGUAACACAUCAGCUGCAGUUCCUGAGAGACGUCGAUCAGAUUAUCAUAUUAAAGAAUGGUUCUAUAGCGGCUGCGGGUGAUUUCGAAACGCUCAGCGCUUCCGGAAUGGACUUCGCCACGUUACUGGCGAGGGGAGAGGAGGAAGAGAGACCGGCUCCGGAAGAAAAAUCCAUUGUGGAGGCAGAGGAAUCAAUGCUCCAAGGCAGUUUCAGGAAACGUCAGAUGAGCAUACAUUCGGUCAGUUCGGUGGAUAACCUAACAGCCACGGCGCCACCAGAGGGCGGUAGGGAGGAAGCGGAAAUGCGAUCAGCUGGUGCAGUUUCCGGUGCUGUGUACGGCGCCUAUCUGGGUGCAAGCGGACAUCCGCUGAUGGUUGCUCUUAUGGUACUGGUGGCUGUGCUGGCGCAGUUGCUAGGAUCUGGCUCCGAUUGGUGGACCAGUUAUUGGGUGAAUCAAGAGGAGGAUCAUCCACAGACGGUGUUAAGGACACUAGACUCGAGUAACACAUCAGGUCCGCUACAGUACUCCUCAAACUUCACACAGGCUCUGCUUGAAAACGCACACUUCAGUUCCGGUCUAACCAGAUACGACUGCAUUUAUAUUUAUACUGGUAUGGUGGUGUCGCUGGUGGUGAUAUCUCUGCUGCGGUCAUUCAUGUUCUUCUCUAUGGCGAUGCGAGCGUCGACUCGGCUACACAACAACAUGUUCAGUUCCAUAACGCGGGCCCCGAUGAGAUUCUUCCACACCAACCCAUCGGGGAGAAUCCUCAACAGAUUCUCGAAGGACAUGGGAGCGGUCGACGAGGUACUCCCGGCUGCCUUGCUUGAUGUACUGCAAAUCGGUCUAUCCCUGAUCGGUAUAGUGGUGGUGGUAGCGGUGGUGAACUUCUGGCUGCUGGUCCCCACACUCUUCAUAGGUCUGAUCUUCUACGGUCUUCGCAUAUUCUACCUGUCGUCCAGCCGCAGCAUCAAGCGCCUCGAGGGUGUGACUCGCAGUCCAGUGUUCUCUCACCUGAACGCGUCUCUUCAAGGCAUCACCACUAUUCGUGCGUUCGGUGCCCAGGAAGCUCUCAUCAGAGAGUUUGAUAACCAUCAGGACCUACAUAGCUCUGCCUGGUACUUAUUCAUAGCCAGCUCCCGUGCCUUCGGUUUCUGGUUGGAUCUUGUUUGCGUUAUAUACAUUGCUGUAGUAACGCUCAGUUUCCUCGUGUUUGGACAAGAGGAAUAUGGUGGCAAGGUUGGUUUAGCUAUCACUCAAGCUAUGGGGUUGACCGGAAUGUUCCAGUGGGGAAUGAGACAGAGCACGGAACUGGAAAAUCAGAUGACCAGCGUUGAGAGGAUACAAGAAUAUUCGAACAUAGAAUCUGAGCCGCCUCUCGAGUCUGAACCGAGUAAGAAGCCACCCCCGUCAUGGCCAGACGCUGGUCGCUUGGAGUUCAGACACGUGUUCCUGUACUACACGCCCGGGGAACCCCCGGUGUUGAAGGACCUCAACUUACUGGUACUGCCGAAGGAAAAAGUCGGCAUCGUGGGUAGAACGGGAGCGGGGAAGUCCUCGCUUAUUAACGCCCUCUUCAGAUUAGCUAAAAUUGAGGGGGAGAUAAUAAUAGAUGGUAGGGAGACGUCACAGCUCGGUCUCCAUGAACUGAGGAGUCAGAUUUCCAUCAUACCACAGGAGCCUGUUCUGUUCUCCGGCACCAUGAGACACAAUCUGGAUCCCUUCGACGAAUAUCCGGAUCAAGUACUUUGGAGGGCUCUAGAGGAGGUGGAGUUAAAGGAAGCCGUGAACGAGUUACCCGCGGGUCUCAGUUCACGUAUGUCUGAGGGGGGUGGGAACUUCUCAGUGGGGCAGAGACAGUUGGUGUGCCUGGCGCGGGCCAUCGUGAGACGGAACAGACUCCUGGUGUUGGACGAGGCCACCGCGAACGUUGACCCACAAACCGAUGCUCUUAUACAAACUACAAUAAGAAACAAGUUCGCCGACUGCACCGUCCUCACCAUCGCCCACAGACUACACACAGUCAUGGAUUCAGAUAAGGUGUUGGUGAUGGACGCCGGCAGCAUGGUCGAGUUCGACCACCCUCACAAGCUGCUGCAGCAUAUUGGCGGAGUGCUGCGGGGGAUGGCGGAGCAGACGGGCAAGGCCACGUACGACGCGCUGGCGCGACAGGCUAAGACGGCAUACGACAAGAAGUAUUCACGGGAAGGGAAGGAGAGCGAAUGAGGCUUUGAAUGAUCUUCGUAAACGAUUCGAAUAUGUAAUGAUCUUUGUGUAACUAGAGAGAUUAUAUACUUUUUAAAAUAACGCAAUGUGGUAGAAGAAACUCGUUUUUUAUAUAAAAAAUAGAACCCGUUUUCGGGAUAAUGUGCCUGACUCUCGCAGAAACCAAAAGUUACUUAAAAAAAAAUCUCCUAAAUUAUUAUUAUUAUUAAUUUAAUUCAAUUAAUUAUUAAGAAUAGCGUGUUAACAUUGCUAACGUACCAACAUGUCGACUCUUAAAACGUACGAGAUCUGUAAGCUUUGUGACAAACUGCUCCGAGGUUUGAGGCGAUACAUUCCGAAAUUUUUUUAGGAGUAAUCGUUUGAAACAUCUAAAUUUAAAUCCUCCGUACCUCUGGUAGGACAUAUUGUUUUCGUUCUGUAACAAUUACAAUAUAUCUCAUCAGCUGUCCGAGCUGUUACUUAAUUAUUCGAUGCUAUAACCACAAGUCCGGAGCAGUUAGUCGCAGAAGCAAAUUUUAUUGUAAUGUAACAAAUAUCACACACCGUCCGCAACAGACGUCAAGCUCAAACAAAUUGUAAUGUUCCUUGUAAUGUCGCUGAUCUGCUGAUUAAAUUAAUGAAUAAGAAUCUGUUGAUUAUAUUUAAGGUGCUACAAUGUUCGAGUACUUAAUUUUAAGUAGUUAAAAUUGAUUAGUGAUGUUAUCACUUGUUAGCUGUAAACGAUCGGUCCGUCACGUAACCACGGUUUGUUUGUACUUAGGAUUAUAUGAAAUUGUAUGUGGUGUAUGUAACCGUUACCGCGGCGAGGGCGCUCGGUGCGUGACGCUGCGCCCACGUCGUCACGUCUGGUCCGCGCCUGUGUAAUUUGUGUGAUAUUGAAUUUAAUAUUUCCAGUGCCUGGCUACUUAUGAAUCUUAUUUUUAAUAAGAAAUUUGUUAGAAUUUUAUUACAACGAAAUACAAUUUUUUUAUAUUUGCACAAA